AUGUCUGCUCAACGAUCCCUUUCAGAUCACAAUCGUCUGUGUGGCCCAAACCUGCGUCUGUGUGUUACAAAUUCGGCGACGGGGAUGGGAUCUCCGAGGAAAGAAUCCGGAGAUUACAGGGGCGACGAAAGUGCCAGCCCGCCGACUGUCAGGACGCGUCUACCGCAAGUCACAUUCACGGCUGCGCCGGCAAUACAGUUGGGGCCGCCACCGCGAUUUGAAGCUGGAACAAAUUUGACACUAUGGAAGACGAAGAUACAAAGGUUCCUGCGUUGGGUGCCAACAGAAGAACACAGUCUGUGUAUCCUGGAUCGUUUAAGUGAUCAGAAACAAGAAUUACUGAUCAACGAGAACGUGGACGAGGACUCACCCCAGAGUCCGUAUGGAACAGCUUGUGGGAAUUGUUCCCAGGUCAGGUCAACCACUCCUCCCUCCGACACCACUACUGGUGAAGAGACCAAAGACCAGGGACUGUUGAAUCCCGUUGCCAAGUGUGAGCUCCAAAGGCGAGCCCCUACCACUCUGGGGGAAGCGGUCCGUAGGGUAAAGACAUUCGACAUCCAAAGCCUAGUCAAAAACGAGGCACUAAGACGGUCUGAAGAGCCAAAACAAGCGAGCAGCUCGCGGGUCAACGGCCCCAGAUUCGAAGCACAAGUCCCCUGGCGCACCAAACCCCAAAAGAUACGGCGGAACGGCCCGCAGGCGGCAACAACAGGAACCAAUGCUUUGGUCGAUACAGGAGCCACGUGUAGUCUUAUCGACGUAGAUCAGUGUCAGAUUCGUGAGCUAAGCCGAGGCGGCCCUCGAGUGAAAGCCGUCAACGGGUCUCCUCUCCGAACCUGGGGCUGUCUGGACGUCGAAUUGCAGAUGACGGGGACCCAAGGUCAAGCAACCUAUGGUGGUCGCCUCGAAUCUGCCAUGGAAGAUGAUAUUGGGAAUUGA